GCUUCUAGCAAGCUUGUUAUCAAGGUGUGGCAAUGCUGUUCCAACAACUUGUCAACAAGAUAUUUUCUCAACAGGCUUGUAGCAAGCUUGUUAACAGGUUGUGACAAUGCUGUUCCAACAACUUGUCAACAAGAUAUUUUCUCAACAGGCUUGUAUCAAGCUUGUUAACAAGUUGUGACAAUGCUGUUCCAACAAGUUGUCAACAAGAUAUUUUCUCAACAGGCUUGUAGCAAGCUUCUUAACAAGUUGUGACAAUGCUGUUCCAACAACUUGUCAACAAGAUAUUUUCUCAACGGGCUUGUAGCAAGCUUGUUAACAAGUUGUGACAAUGCUGUUUCAACAACUUGUCAACAAGAUAUUUUCUCAACAGGCUUGUAGCAAGCUUGUUAACAAGUUGUGACAAUGCUGUUCCAACAAGUUGUGAACAAGAUAUUUUCUCAACAGGCUUGUAGCAAGCUUGUCAACAAGUUGUGACAAUGCUGUUCCAACAACUUGUCAACACGAUAUUUUCUCAACGGGCUUGUAGCAAGCUUGUUAACAAGUUGUGACAAUGGUGUUCCAACAAGUUGUCAACAAGAUAUUUUCUCAACAGGCUUGUAGCAAGCUUGUUAUCAAGGUGUGGCAAUGCUGUUCCAACAACUUGUCAACAAGAUAUUUUCUCAACAGGCUUGUAGCAAGCUUGUCAACAAGUUGUGACAAUGCUGUUCCAACAACUUGUCAACAAGAUAUUUUCUCAACGAGCUUGUAGCAAGCUUGUUAACAAGUUGUGACAAUGCUGUUCCAACAAGUUGUCAACAAGAUAUUUUCUCAACAGGCUUGUAGCAAGCUUGUUAUCAAGUUGUGGCAAUGCUGUUCCAACAACUUGUCAACAAGAUAUUUUCUCAACGGGCUUGUACAAGCUUGUUAUCAAGUUGUGGCAAUGCUGUUCCAACAACUUGUCAACAAGAUAUUUUCUCAACGGGCUUGUACACACGUAAAAACGCGCAAGUUGUACCAAACCUGCAGCAGACUUGUAGCAAUGCUGUUCCAACAACUUGUCAACAGGAUGUGUUCGCACUGCUUGUUCCCAGCUUGUUGACAAGUUGUCAACGGCUUGUCGACAACUUGCUACAAGGUUAUUGAGUUCAACAGACUUGUUACAAGUUGUUCCAACAACUUGUUAUCGUCCUGCAAUUCAACAACUUGUCAACAAGUUGUGAGUGACAAGCUUGUAGCAACUUGAUAAAAUAACAGCGUUGUUACAACUUGUUGGCAAGGUUGCUACAAGCCUGUUGCGAACACAUCUUGUUGACAAGUUGUGAGAUUUUUACGUAUGUAGCAAGCUUGUUAACAAGUUGUGACAAUGCUGUUCCAACAACUUGUCAACAAGAUGACUCCUCAACAGGCUUGUAGCAAGCUUGUCAACAAGUUGUGAUAAUGCUGUUCCAACAACUUGUCAACAAGAUAUUUUCUCAACAGGCUUGUAGCAAGCUUGUCAACAAGUUAUGACAAUGCUGUUCCAACAACUUGUCAACAAGAUAUUUCCUCGACAGGCUUGUAGCAAGCUUGUUAACAAGUUGUGACAAUGUUGUUCCAACAAGUUGUCAACGAGAUAUUUUCUCAGCAGGCUUGUAGCAAGCUUGUUAUCAAGUUGUGACAAUGCUGUUCCAACAAGUUGUCAACGAGAUAUUUUCUCAGCAGGCUUGUAGCAAGCUUGUUAUCAAGUUGUUACAAUGCUGUUCCAACAACUUGUCAACAAGAUAUUUUCUCAGCAGGCUUCUAGCAAGCUUGUUAUCAAGUUGUGACAAUGGUGUUCCAACAACUUGUCAACAAGAUAUUUUCUGAACAGGCUUGUAGCAAGCUUGUUAACAAGUUGUGACAAUGCUGUUCCAACAACUUGUCAACAAGAUAUUUUCUCAACGGGCUUGUAGCAAGCUUGUUAACAAGUUGUGACAAUGCUGUUCCAACAACUUGUCAACAAGAUAUUUUCUCAACGGGCUUGUAGCAAGCUUGUUAACAAGUUGUGACAAUGCUGUUCCAACAACUUUUCAACAAGAUAUUUUCUCAACAGGCUUGUAUUAAGCUUGUUAACAAGUUGUGACAAUGCUGUUCCAACAACUUGUCAACAAGAUGACUCCUCAACAGGCUUGUAGCAAGCUUGUUAACAAGUUGUGACAAUGCUGUUCCAACAACUUGUCAACAAGAUAUUUCCUCAACAGGCUUGUAGCAAGCUUGUUAACAAGUUGUGACAAUGCUGUUCGAACAACUUGUCAACAAGAUAUUCAGGUAGAUGUUUAUGCCCGGCGUUAAAUAUGUUCGGCAUAAACAUUCGACUUAGAUCUUUAUGCCGUUGAAGCCCUGCGUUGGAUAAUAUAGCCCUGCGAAGUUUCCAGUUUUUCAGUCAUUUUGUAUUACCCGCGGGAUAUUGAUACCUUUUUUUCAGAAAGCGGUGCCAAUUUACCGGGCGUAAUAUACAAAAUGACUGAAAAGGGGCAAACUUCGUAGAGCUAUAUUAUCCGCAUUUUACAACAUUUCGCAACGAAAAUUACUAAUUUUGUGAUGCUCUUUCAAGUUUGAAGCUGUGGUGACAUUUUUGUUUAGACUUGUUGAGAUCCAAAUUUUGAUUAUUGGGUAAUAGGUCCAUUUGUGUGUGAGGUUUGCCUUGUUGGGAUUUCCCCAGACCGUUCGCCGUUUCUUUCUAACAUAGUAUUGUAAACUUCCAAGCGAGUUUGAUUAAAGCUUCUUAUUAUUGACAGAUGAUUUUCAAGACGGAAACAAUUCAGAAUGUCAUGACGACUGCUGGGCUGUUAAAGACUGGAGUGCUAGGAAAGGCACGCGCUCAAGUCUGUCCAUGGUAAUGUUUUGCUCAAUGCAAACAGUCAAAGACAUAAUAAUAUUGUUUUUGUAUUUUUGAGUAAGAGGCGAUUUUUUUAUAUUUGCGUAUUUUCGAUGAGAAUGUGUUCGACGACAUUUUAAACAUUGAAUUCAGAAACAUUCAAAAAUCCUCUUUUAUUUCGUUAAUGAAAAGUUGCCCGGAUAUACCUUGAAUAUUACCGGUAUUACCAUUCAACUUGUAGUUGACUGUCUUCGGCAUAACCAUUAAACUUGGAUGAUUAUGCCGUUGAAUGUCGUCGGCAUAACUGUUCGACUUGGAUGGUUAUGCCGUUGAAUGUCUUCGGCAUAACUAUUCAACUUGGAUGGUUAUGCCGUUGAAUGUCUUCGACAUAAGCAUUCAACUUGGAUGAAAGCGCGGGGCCAUAUUUAUACAGCAAUAUAAGCAAAACUUACUGAACCUCAGAGAUCAUUUUCUCCUUGCCGUACCAUCUAAAAUCUCCUCACUUUGGCGUUAUUUUACAGAUGAAGGACUAAACAUACUUUUAAGUUUGUUUGCCGUUUGAGAAACGCAUCAAAUUUUUUUAAAAUUGAAUACAGUCAUAACCAAAUGGAAAGUAGUAUAUUCCUUAGUUUUGAGCGCGUAUUACGUAACAUACAAAAGAUUCUCCUCUUAAUUUCAAAUCUCUUGUAGGGACAAUCUUUGUCGUUCUCAGAAGACUCGUCAAAAGGACGAAAAUUGUUACGAGCAAUUCCUCGUCAGGUACAGAGGAUUUUUUUGUAUAUUUCGAUGGUUCAUCUGGGUAUCAUUGAACAACAAUGAUCAAUCUUUAUUACAGAUCACCCAAGCUUUGCAGGCAGAUAUUUUAUGGAGUAUGGGAUACACUGGUGAAGAUGUCAAGGUGGCGAUCUUUGAUACAGGUUUACAUAAACAACAUCCACAUUUUAAAAACAUCAAGGACAGAACUAACUGGACGAAUGAAAAAUCAAUGGAUGAUGGUACGUUGAACUAGCAAAAAAAUGUUCCUUACUGGACCUCUAGGGAGAACAUUUUAGAACUGAUUGAACUAUCCAGUAUAAAUUAAGUCAGUUUAGUUUAGGUUUCUUCCUGUAGUAACACUGGAUCAAUAAGAGAUGAUCCUUACUGGACCUCUAGGAACAACAGUUUAGAACUGAUAGAGCUAUCCAGUAUAAAUUAAGUCAGUUUAGUUUAGGUUUCUUCCUGUAGUAACACUGGAUCAAUAAGAGAUGAUCCUUACUGGACCUCUAGGAACAACAGUUUAGAACUGAUAGAGCUAUCCAGUAUAAAUAAAGUUAGUUUAGUUUAGGUUUGUCCACUAUAAAUAAAGUUAGUUUAGUUUAGGUUUUCCUCCUGUAGUAACACUGGAUCAAUAAUAGAUGACCCUUACUGGACCUCUUGGAAGAACAGUUUAGAACUGACAGAGGUGUCCACUAUAAAUAAAGUUAGUUUAGUUUAGGUUUUCUCCUGUAGUAACACUGGAUCAAUAAAAGAUGACUCUUAUUGGACCUCUAGAUAAGAACAGUUUAAAACUGAUAGAGCUAUCCGUAUUCCAAGAUAGUUUAUCCCAGUUUAGUUUGAUACAACAAAGUGAUUUUCUUUGAUUAGGUCUUGGUCAUGGAACAUUUGUAGCUGGUGUCAUUGCAAGCUCCAAAGAAUGUUUGGGAUUCGCACCAGAUGCAGAGCUACAUAUCUAUAGGGUGUUUACUAAUAACCAGGUGAAAUGUUGUUUAUUCUGUAUAUAGUGGCUGUAUCGGUGUGCGAAAUUCUGGGUGUGUGAAUAUACACACGAAAAACGCAAUGAAAUGCAAUGCUGUUUCAACAACUUGUCAACAGGAUGUGUUUGCGCUGCUUGUUGACAACUUGCUACAAGGUUGGUGAGCUCAACAGACUUGUUACAAGUCGUUUCAACAAUUCGUUACGGUCCUGCAAUUCAACAAUUUGUCAACAAGUUGUGAGGGAGAACCUUGUAGCAACUUGAUGAAAUAACAGCAUUGUUACAACUUGUUGACAAGCUUGCUGCUGUACAAGCCUGUUGCGAACACAUCUUGUUGACAAAUUGCGAAAAUCACCAUCCUUUUCUUGCUGCAUGUUAAAAGGAAUUUUGCACGUUUUUCAAACAUGUUUAUUAAUACCCGUUACCAGCCAUGGAUUUACUGACAUUUCCUAUUAAAAAACUCAAUUCCUUCGUUCAGGUGUCGUAUACUUCAUGGUUUCUUGACGCUUUCAACUACGCCAUUUUGAAUAAAGUGAAUGUUUUAAACUUGAGUAUUGGUGGACCAGACUUUAUGGAUCAACCUUUUGUUGAUAAGGUUUGUUUCAAAAGCUAAUCAACUUUAUUUAUACUGGAUAGCUCUAUUAGUUCUAAACUGUUCCUCCUAGAAGUCCAGUAAGGAUCAUCUCUUAUUGAUCCAGUGUUACUACAGGAGGAAACCUAAACUAAACUAAUUUUAUUGAUACUGGAUAGUUCUAUUAGUUCUAAACUAUUCUUCCUAGAGGUCCAGUAAGGGUCAUCUCUUAUUGAACCAGUGUUACUACAGGAGGAACCCAAACUAAACUAACUUUAUUGAUACUGGAUAGCUCUAUUAGUUCCAAACUAUUUCUAGAGGUCCAGUAAGGGUCAUCUCUUAUUGAUCCAGUGUUACUACAGGAGGAAACCUAAACUAACUUUAUUUAUACUGGAUAGCUUUAUCAGUUCUAAACUGUUCUUCCUAAAGGUCCAGUAAGGAUCAUCUGUUAUUGAUCCAGUGUUACUACGGUGUUUCGUAUAUAGGUUUGGGAGCUAACUGCAAAUGGUGUAAUUAUGGUAUCAGCAAUUGGAAAUGAUGGUCCACUGUAUGGGUAAGGCGACACCUUUUGUGUCUCUAAAAUAAAAGUAUUAAUGUUGAAUGGGCUUUUACGUAACACUCAGCAUUGUUUUCAAAAUCCCACUGUUCUCCAUGCCAUCCAGUCACGCAUUGUUUUGACACAUUUCUGUCGUCAUGCAAAGGCUCAUUGAUACGACUUGAUGUGAAUUUUUAGGACAUUGAACAAUCCCGCGGAUCAAAUGGACGUUAUUGGUGUGGGUGGAAUCAAUUUUGAAGAUCAAAUUGCGAGAUUCUCUUCCAGAGGAAUGACAACAUGGGUACUGUAUUUAUUGGGUUGCAUUGGUUUGUGUCUAAACCUGGUUUCUACUGUAUAUUGUCGUAAAGAUAGAGUCGCUAUCUUUCUCAACAGUUAGAUUAUAAUAGUUCUUUACCUUUAAACCACAUUUCAAACACUCAUUAAUAAUUCAUAAGCUUAUUGGCAAAUCAUGUCAACCAUAAUAUGUCACGUGCAGUGCCUUUAAACCUGAUAAAACACUCCUAAUUAGUAUUUUUUAUAUAAAGAAUACUAAUAAGGCAGUAUCUAUUGUAGUCGUGUCCUCAUUAGUAUUCUUUAUAUAAAGAAUACUAAUAAAGCAAUAUAUCUAUUGAAUUUGUAGUCGUGUUUGAAGCCGUUCAAUAAACUCGCAGGUCGUGUUUUAUUAGGUCUAAAGCCACUCGCGCUGCGCGCUCGUGGCUUUAAACCUAAUAAAACACUCCUGCUCGUUUAUUAAACAGUACAUAAAUCAUAAGUAUUCCCUAUUUAUAAUCAUUCUGCCUAUUUUCAGUUCUAUACUGUUGUAUUUCGGCUGUUGAGAAAGAUCGUGACUCAAUAAUUACAACCGUUACGACCAUAUGGAAACCAGACUCAAACAAACUGAACAAAAUUCCAACUACACUCGUAAUAACGCACAAGUUGUUACAGGUCUGCAAACAAGUUGUUACAAAUUUGUUCACAAGCUGUCGACAAGUUGUGUUCGCACUGCUUGUUCCCAGUUGUUGUAACAAGUUUGGAACAAGCUGUUAACAACUUGUGACAAACUUGAUGGCAUUAUCAGACUUGUUACAAGGUUGUUCUAACAAGUCUGAUACAGUCAUGAUAUAACAAGAAUGUUACAAGGUUGACGACACAACGUUGUAACAAUAUUGUUAUAUCAUGACUAUAUCGGACUUGUUGGAACAACCUCGCUACAAGUCUGAUAAUAUCAACAAGGUUGUUACAAGUUGUUAACGGCUUUGCUGCAAAUUUGUUGACAACUUGGGACAAGCAGUGCGAACACAACUUGUUGACGGCUUGUUGGCAGACUUGCUACAAGAUGUGGGAUUUUUACGUGUAUAAUACUUAUUGAAUAUUAACUGUGUUCACUUUAGGAAUUGCCAGCAGGGUAUGGUCGCGUCAAGCCUGAUAUUGUUACCUAUGGAUCUGGCGUUCGUGGAUCAAAUUUAAGGUUAAAUUAAUUUGUCUUUAGGGGCCAUUCACAAAGGAUGUCCGAGCCGAGGGGGGGGAGGGGGGUUUGGAAAAUCAGGACAAACUCGGACAUAGGGGGGGAGGGGGGGUUUUUAACAAUCCAGAUGUCCGAAAUUUAAAAAAAUUCAAAAACAAAUUUCUUUUUCCCUCUAUUUUGAGCAGUCCUUCCCAUUGUGAAAUUGGCAUUUUGACUAUGCGGUUAACACUAGAUUUUGUUUUAAUUAGUAAUUUAUAUGUUUUUGUGUUCACAUUUACAGUUAUAAAAAAGUUCUAAAAGUAAAAAAGUUUUUUACUCUUGAUAUAUACAAGGUUGCGUGAGUUUUUGCGAGGCAUGGCGGAUGUCCGGGGGGUCACUAAUUCGGACAAUGCCGGACAAGGGGGGGAGGGGGGGUCUGAAAAUCCAUCAUUUGGCCGGACAUCCUUUGUGAAUGGCCCCUUACUUAUUCAACUUUAUUCAGCAAAAAUCCCAUAGCCUUUCAGGAGGACUGCUUGUUCCCAGUUGUUGACAAGUCUGGAACAAGUUGUUAUCAUCUUGUAACAAGGUUGACGAGGCCAACAGACUCGCAACAAGUCGUUCCAACAAGUCUGAUAUCGUCUGCACGUAACAAGUUGUUAACAAGUUGAUGACAACAAGCUCGUAGCAACUUGUUAUGAACAGCCUGUAUUAGUCUUGUGGAACGACUUGUAGCAAGUCUGUUACCGUCAUCAACCUUGUAACAAGGUGAUAACAACUUGUUCCAGACUUGUCACAACAACUGGGAACAAGUAGUGCGAACACAUCUUGAUAUCGGCUUCACAACAACCUUGUUACGACUUGUUUGAAGUUCUGGAGCUGAACAGCAUCUGGCUAUACCAAGAUCUUAUUUUGUUUUCAAUAGAGGUGGUUGUCGAUCAUUAUCGGGUACCAGUGUUGCAUCGCCUGUUGUCGCUGGAGCGAUUUCUUUGUUGCUCAGGUAUUUCAUUUUAGUUCUCAUUGUGCGUGCGCCAGCGCUCUCCCCUUGAGUCUUGACGAGUAAUAUCGGCUAAUGUUUAUACCCAAUUGUCAACUUUAGAUAAUGUCCGACCAAUUGACCAUUUGCGUAAUAGACUAAAUUUUGAUCUCAACAAAAAUUUCAUUACAGCUUGAAAGAGCGUCACAAAAUUAGUAAUAUUCCAAAGUUUCGUUGCAAAAUGUUGUAAAAUGCGGAAAAUAUAGCCUUGCGGAAUUUGCAAUUUUCAGUCAUUUUAGAUUACAAACCGGAAAUUGACAACCUCGAAGGGUUUGGGGCUGUCAAUUUCCCGUUUGUAAUCUAAAAUGACUGAAAAUUGCAAAUUUCGCAAGGCUAUAUUUUCCGCAUUUUACAACAUUGUGCAACGAAACUUUGGAAUAUUACUAAUUUUGUGAUGCUCCUUCAAGCUGUUUUUGUUUGUCUAGACUUGUUUAGUUCAAAAUUUAGUCUAUUACGCAAAUGGUCAAUUUAGCAUUGGGUCGGAAAAUGUCCGAUGUCCGACCCAGCCUAGACUAGGCCUUCUAUUUUUAUUAUUUUUUAAUAUUCAGCGAUUUUUCGCAUGAGAAGACUGAGACCUAGGCGAUUUGGAGGGCGGGGCGGAGGAAGGGCGAUACUUACCAAAUACUAGCACGAAAUUGACCAAACCUGCCAAAGCCAGCCGAGUAGAGGCCUAGGUCUGAGGCGGUGCUAUGGGUCAAUACAUUACGUGGUUUUGUUGAAUCAAUAUGUUAUAAUUACGAUGUUUUUUCGUAGUUCUGUGAGGCACCGUGGAGAUGUGAUCAAUCCAGCCAGUAUGAAGCAGGCGUUGUUGGCUUCCGCGAGACGAGUCCCUGACGCAAAUAUAUUCGAACAAGGUGAGGGAGCGAGGAUAACUGUCCUGCUUGACUUGUCACAUUCUUUGUAGUGCAUGUGUAUUGAAAAAACUUGAGAUUUGAAGCUUAUUUUACACACGUAAAAAUCUUUAGAACAACUUUGUAACAAGUCUGAUAAUGCCAUCAACCUUGUUACAAGUUGUUAACACCUUGUUCCAAACUUGUUACAACAACUGGGAACAAGCAGUGCGAACACAACUUGUUGACAGCUUGUGAACUGAUUUGGAUAAUGAUGUUACAGUCUUGUUACGAGUUGUUGUGGCAACAUGUCAGCGAUAGUCCUGCAACGUUGACACGUUGUUAACAAGUUGUCAGUGACAAAGUUACAACAUAUUGUUGCAAGUUUGUUGUGGACACCGUUAGUUGGCAAAAAGUGGAAAUUGAACGUAUUCUGUGUAUUUAGGUCAUGGCAAACUUGACUUGAUCAAAGCUUAUCAAGUUCUAUCCAGUUAUAAACCUCAAGCAAGUCUGAGUCCAAGUUAUGUUGAUCUCACGGAAUGUCCGUACAUGUGGCCGUAUUGUGUCCAGCCUCUGUAUGCAUUUGGUUUGCCCGUCAUUGUCAAUGUAAGUGAAGUUCCCAGGGGGUAUUUUGGGUUUUGGGACUUGGGUGGGAGCUCCGCCCCCCCCCCCAAUUUCAGGGGUUUUUUAUUUGGGGGGGAAUUCCCCCUCCUAUAGUCACAAACCCAGACGUCAUUUCCUACGCUCACCUAUUUCCAAGUAAGGGGAUAGAAAUGAAGUCUGAAUUCACGCACCUCUAAGUGAUUACCCAUUUUUAUACCCCCAGAAUUUAGCUAUUUUUAGAUCUGGGGGGAAUUCCGGAAUUACUGGGAAAGACCUCGUCAUCCCAGUAACAGACAAACCCACUUACUCUCUCUCUCAUUUAUUAUUAUUAUUAAGGUUUAGCAACAAAAAAAUUGUUUACAGGGAACACUUUUUCAAUUUUAGGUGACUAUAUUGAAUGGAAUGGGAGUCACUGGUUCCGUGGUAGGCAAGGUAUUAUCUUAAACUCAUUAAUAAUUCAUGAGUAAAUUAGCCAACCAUAUUGCUUUAUUUUGCUCACAUGAUAAUACUGGAUACCUGGUAAAGUAUAUUGAUCCCGUCCUAGGACUGGAUCAAAAUUAAUCCGUCCGUUGGUUUCUAAGGAUCACGUAUUUUGUAUUUUCCUUGUAGCCUGUUUGGCAUCCCUAUUUGCCGCAAAACGGGGACAGAAUUGACGUAAGUUGAAUAGAAUCAGUGAUUAUGAAGUGUUGAAACAGUUGUUAUUGUAUGUGUUUUUCAUUUGGUCUUACCCAGGCUGGUCUUAGAGUAGUCACUUACUAGUAGAUUGACUUACCGUAAAAAAUCUCACAUCUUGUAGCAAAUCUGCCAACAAGCCGUCAACAAGUUGUGUUCGCACUGCUUGUCCCAAGUUGUCAACAAGAUUGGAACAACUUUGUUGAUAUCAGAUUUGUUGCAAGGUUGUUCCAACAAGUCCGAUACAGUUAUGAUUUAACAAUAUUGUUACAACCUUGUGUCGUCAACCUUGUAACAUUCUUGUUAUAUCAUGACUAUAUCAGACUUGUUAGAACAACCUUGUAACAAUGAUAAUGCCAUCAAGCUUGUUACAAGUUGUUAACAGCUUGUUCCAAACUUGUUACAACAACAAACUUGUUACAGCAGUGCGAACACAACUUGUCGACAGCUUGUGAACAGAUUUGUAACAACUUGUUUGCAGACCAGUAACAACUCAAAAUUAUUCCUUCGUAGAUUUCGUUUUCAUAUUCGCAAAUCUUAUGGCCAUGGUCAGGAUUUCUUGCACUCUCCAUCCGGGUAACUCCAGCCUCAUCCACGUGGUCUGGAAUCGCCCAGGGUCACGUGGCGUUGAAUAUUUCAUCUCCGCCCCAGGUAAGACUGUAGCUUUGCCAUGGGUUCCGUUUGCAAGUGACUGAAUUUGGAGCCGUGCUCACAAGAUGUGUUCGCAACAGGCUUGUAGCAAGCUUGUCAACAAGUUGUAACAAUGCUGUUAUUUCAUCAAGUUGCUACAAGGUUGUCACUCACAACUUGUUGACAAAUCGUUGAAUUGCAGGACGAUAACAAGUUGUUGGAACAGCUUGUAACAAGUCUGUUGAGCUCAACGACCUUGUAGCAAGUUGUCAACAAGCCAUUGACAACUUGUCAACAAGCCAUUGACAACUUGUCAACAAGCUGGGAACAAGCAGUGCGAACACAUCCUGUUGGCAAGUUGUUGGAACAGCAUUGCUACAUGUCUGCUACAGGUUUAUUACAACUUGUGCGUUUUACGUGUGUAUACGCGGUGGGCAUAAAAGCACACGAAUAUUUGCACAUCUAGGGAUUAAUACAAGCAUUUUAAUCUAAGCAUUUAGACCAAGAUAUGCUGACCUAUAUUAUUUUUCGUAGCAAAAUUUCAAUAUUUUGAAUGAAUCAUAUAGUCUAUCAAGAUAUGAUGAUCUGGGAACUAAACAGAAGUCAUUGUUUGAUGUUUUUGUCGGAGUUUAUGUUAAUUUGUGCACGGUCAAGGUUGUUGAGCUCAUUGUAUUUUCGUAUAAUGAAGUAAUCGUCCAAUAGGGACAGCUGAGAUGAAACGUGCAACCACGAUGAAUAAUAUCUAACGAAGAUGCUUGUGUGAUGUUACUCUGAGUGUAUAUUCUGAGUGUAUACUCUGGUGUGGAUAUACACUCAGAGUAACAUUACACAAGCAUCUUAUUCACCUGAGUACAUUACACCAACACAGCAAAUAAUAUCUAACGAAGUUGAGACAAAGGAUUUGUGCACGGUUAGGUACAUUUCAACAUCAAACAAAGCUCUUCUAUUUUGUGGCUUUGAAGUUUGCCUGGCUUCCAGAUCAUCAUAUCUUCAGAGAUUUUGCUCCUCAACAUGGCUCUGUGUUUAUAAUCUCUCUGUGUUGUUAUGAUUCAGGGUGAUGAAAUGGAGAGACGUAUGUCGUUGAUAAAGUUGCCAGUCAAAGUGAAAAUAAUACCAACUCCUGAUAGAAGGUAAGUUUGAAUUUUGGCUGGUUUAUAUCCAAUUCAUAAGUUUAAAAACUCGCAUGUUACUAUUGCUCUAGUAUAACAGAAGGUAUAAAAUAGAACAAAGGUGACUAAGGAAGGAAGGUUUAGACUUCAGACGGUAUUUCGUCACAGAAUAAAGAUCAGUAACAGAAGGGCCACUCAGCGGUGCAACGUGUCCGCAUUUUUUAUGAAAAAAUAUGCAGUUUACUGGCCAGAAGGCGGAGCAGCCAGCCAGUACAGCGUGUUUAUUGGCCAGAAAAUGUCAUUGACUGGCUAGGAAAAUGGCGGCCAACAUGCGUAAUGCGACAUGCGCGAGGACAGAAACUUCAAAGCUUCCGACGUAAGUGGCCCUUCUAUAUGGAUCUUUAUUCUAUGAUUUCGUCAAGAAAGGUUUAGACUUCAGAUAUUUUUUAAUCUGUGUGAGUCAUAGAUAUCUUAUAUACACUAGAUGGCGCAUCUCAUUUAUUAAAAUUGAAGCCAAGAAUAUUCCAGCGGUUACCUCCAUUUGAAUAGAUGGCGGCCAUAUUGGUCGUUCCCACUUGCUAAUAAACGCUAAGAAACAACAAUAACUUUCAUCAUUUGAAUAGUUUAAAAACGUAUUUGUAAUAAGGUUAACUUAAUCUUUAAGUUCCAUGUUUAAGAAAUAGAAAACAUACGAAUCUUCUCAUUUCAUGGGAACGACCUGAGACUGCAAUCACGGCUUCAAUUUUUGAAUUGCAGAAUAAUUAGAUGCACUAUCUAGUGUAUAUAACAUAUCUAUGGUGUGAGUCCGUGAAACGAACCCGCAAAAAUUUUUCUUGAUCGAUCUUCAGAGCAAUGUUUUUCGGUCUACACUUUAUAGGGAGAGUUGUAAAAGUGGUAUUUAUAUAAUUAUAAAAUGGCCGUAAAUAUUACGGGACGGAAGAACGAAGGGCAAGAACGCAUGCGCAUUAGUGAUCUUUUUUUGAGUUAGUGUAGCUAGUUUCACGCUACCGCUGAUCCGCUACUUGCUACAUUCGAAAAUGAAACGAACCAAAGGGCCUGGGUGAAUUUGUCUACUAUAUUGCGCCAUUGCCAUCAAUAGCAAUUUCCAAUUUACCCUAUUGUUUGAGUCACUGAUACAUGUAGGUAACUUUCCUAAAACAUUGCUAUUGCUUAGUUGGGCAAAAAUACAAUACGCACGUGACGGUGAAGGACCAGAUUUAUGAAUAAACGUUGACUAACAUAGAUAAUGAGUUAUAUUGUUAUUCUAAUGAGUUUCACAGCCAUCGAUAAGCUAUGAUUACGCCAGAGACAAAACUUGUAUUAUUUGGUCAAGGAAGGUUUAGACUUCAGACGGUAGCACAGAGGCGAUACAUACAGAGCUGUAACUGAGCGUUGUAAACACUGCGGAAACUUACGUUUUCAUGUACCCACUUUUUUCAAGCGACCAUUUUUUAGACGUUUUUAGGCACUCGGAAAGGUUUCGAAAUUGACAAAAUCUUGCAAAAAUACAACUUGCAAGAAAUGUUUGUUAUUUCGCUGUCGUCAUGCAGUCGCUAUAAUGCAAAUUUCAAAUUUGACCAAACAGUGUUCACGAUUCACGACAGUCCGCUACAUAUUUUGAGAUCAGUGAGAAUGACCACCCACUCAACACCGUUGGUGAGCCACGCCCGCGAUCAUUGAUGAACUUUAGACUUCGCUAAUGCUUUCGUUUCCCCGGGUGUAAAUAGCCGGGGGGGUAUUAGUAUCCUCGCCCCGGGACAUUGAAUGUCCAUUUUAUUCAUUCUAAACCUGUUUUGACUGUUUAUAUGCUACUGAUUUUGAUCGUUUAUAUUGAUCGUUAAAUAUUGAUCGUUUAUAUUAAACACUGGGUACUGUAAGAAGGAGUGUAUAAGGUACAAAAGUUAUGUUUCUCCAACAUUAUGUUUCUCCUCUGUAUAUAUAUCUACUUUGUGACGGCAGUUUUAUUCAUAUUUUCAAUUUUUAAUAGUGAUGGGUGAUUACCACCGAUUACUUGGAAUCGAUACCACCCGAUACGAGGCCCAAAUCGGAAGUAGUCGAUACUGCACGGUAUCGAAAAAGUGUUUUGAUUACUUUUAAAAUUAGACAUUCAUUAUAAUGCUGCAGUUGUGUUAUCGUUUUCAUGGCUAUUUCUAAUAAAAUUUAUGUACUUUUUGUAUUUUGCUGCAUUUACCAAUUUAAUCAAACUUCUUUUACUUUAUUUGACAUUCUAUCCACUUCCCUGAUUAAUAUUCCUGACCUCGUCGACAGAAUAAAUUAUGAAAAAGGCGGGAAAUAAAUUAUUUUUUGUUUUUUCAUGGAUUAUAAUGGCGGGAAAUUCUGAAAUACAAUCGUCGUCGUAAUAAUCGUUUGGGUAAUCGAUACCUCGAAUCGAUACUGGUGGUAUCGCUCAUCACUAUUUUUUAAUCUGUGAUGAGGUCCGUAAAACGAACCCGCAAAAAUAUAUUUUAUAGGGGUUUUUUUUUGUUGGAAGUUAUAGACUAACGCAAAUCUUUAUAAGGGUGAGUUUAUAUAAUGAUAAAAUGGCCGUAAACAUUACGGGACGGAGGAACGAAGGGCAAGAACGCAUGCGCAUUUGUAAUCUUUUUUGUGCUAGCGUAGGUAGUUCCGCAGGUUUUGGUAGGUACAAAGUGCCGGUUGUACUAGCCAAGGAUGGCGUGAUUGAUGACGAAUUGCUUCUAAAACGCGGACAAAAACUUGCUUGAGUUACACUUCUGUUAUACUUUCCUAUUCUGUGACGCUUCGCUACGAUACGGGCGAAGUGGAAAACAGGCUUUAAGCACAAACUUUUGGGUCCGUAAACGAACCCGCAAAAAUUCAUUUUUAAUUUUACUGCAAAAAUGUUAAAGAAAUAAAGAUGUCUUGGGUUGUGAAAAUCUUGUUUAUAUAACGAUAAAAUGAGCGUAAAUAUUACGGGACGGAGGAACGAAGAUGCAAGAAAAGAAUGCGCAUUUGUAACAGUUUUGCUAGAAUGGAAAUUAUUACAUUCCUUGUAAAACCUCGGUAAAUAGACCUUAUGCGUUAUGACGUCACAAGGCUUGAUACCCGCGAGUAUAAUAACACGUAAUAACAUUUUUUUAUUUUGUAUUUCAGCAAGAGAAUACUGUGGGAUCAAUAUCAUAAUUUACGAUAUCCUCCCGGCUAUUUUCCUCGAGAUAAUUUAAAAAUGAGAAAUAAUCCAUUAGAUUGGUAAGUCGCCAUAUUUCAUUUACCUGACGCUGUUGUGCAGAAAUGAACAAGUCUGCGGGACUUUGGCUUUUUUGAUCCAGUGUUACUACAGGAGGAAACCUAAACUAAACUAAACUAAACUUUAUUUAUUUAUACUGGAUAGCUCUAUCAGUUGAAUCAGUUCUAAACUGUUCUUCCUUGAUAUCCAGUAAGAAUCAUCUCUUAUUGAUCCAGUGUUACUACAUGAGGAAACCUAAACUAACUUUAUUUAUACUGGAUAGCUUUAUUAGUUCUAAACUGUCCUUCUUAGAGGUCCAGUAAGGAUCAUUUCUUAUUGAUCCAGUGUUACUACAGGAAGAAAACUAAACUAACUUUAUUUAUACUGGAUAGUUCUAUCAGUUCUAAACCGUUCUUCCUAGAGGUCCAGUAAGGAUCAUUUCUUAUUGAUCCAGUGUUACUACAGGAAGAAAACUAAACUAACUUUAUUUAUACUGGAUAGUUCUAUCAGUUCUAAACCGUUCUUCCUAGAGGUCCAGUAAGGAUCAUUUCUUAUUGAUCCAGUGUUACUACAGGAAGAAAACUAAACUAAACUAACUAUUCUGUUUUUUCUAGGAAUGGUGAUCAUGUCCACACAAAUUUCCGAGAUAUGUUCAAUUACAUCACAAAGCAAGGUUACUUCGUCGAGGUGCUUGGUAAGUUUUAUUCACUAUAUUUUACCAAAGCUUUAUUUCUCAACUUGGCAGGGUCCACCUGUUCAAAUUUCUGUUACUUUUUAGGUUCGCCGUUUACAUGUUUUAAUGCCUCACAUUAUGGUAUGUGUUUUUUUUUAUUUACUCUUAAAAAUCUCUCCUUCAGUAAAGCCCCGUGGCAAGUUUACCUUGACAAGUUCUAUUUGCUUGUGUUUACGGCAAAGAAUUCACAAUUUUUCCUUCCCAGGAAGCCUUGUUCCAACAAGUCUGAUAUCGUCUGCACGUAACAAGUUGUUAACAAGUUGAUGGCAACAAGCUCGUAGCAACUUGUUACGAACAGUCUGUAUUAGUCUUGUUGGAACAACUUGUAGCAAGUCUGUUACCGUUAUCAACCUUGUAACAAGGUGAUAACAACUUGUUCCAGACUUGUCACAACAACCUUGCUAAACUUAUGUAAAAAUGCACAAGUUGUUACAGGUCUGCAAACAAUUUGUUACAAAUCUGUUCACAAGCUGUCGACAAGUUGUGUUCGCACUGCUUGUUCCCAGUUGUUGUAACAAGUUUGGAACGAGCUGUUAACAACUUGUAACAAGCUUGAUGGCAUUAUCAGACUUGUUACAAGGUCGUUCUAACAAGUCUGAUACAGUCAUGAUAUAACAAGAAUGUUACAAGGUUGACGACAUAAGGUUGUAACAAUAUUGUUAUAUCAUGACUGUAUCGGACUCGCUGGAACAACCUUGCAACAAGUCUGAUAAUAUCAACAAGGUUGUUAAUAGCUUGUUCCAAACUUGUUGACAACUUGGGACAAGCAGUGCGAACACAACUUGUUGACGGCUUGUUGGCAGACAAGCCGUCAACAAAUAUCUCACAUCUUGUUGCUACAAGAUGUGAGAUAUUUUAGUCCUUGUUUUUCCUCCAGGAACAUUGGUGAUCGUUGACGCGGAAGAAGAAUACUUCCCGGAAGAAAUGGUCAAGCUACGCGAAGACAUUGAGAAGCUCGGUCUUUCGUUGAUCGUCGUUGGAGACUGGUAUAAUAUCGAAGUGAUGAAGAAGGUGAAAUUUUAUGACGAGAACACGCGGCAAUGGUGGAUGCCGGAUACGGGGGGAGCGAAUGUUCCCGCGCUCAACGAACUUCUCGCGCCCUGGAGGAUGGCAUUUAGUGACCAGGUCUACGAAGGCGAUUAUCGUCUUGCUGAUAAUGCAGGU